AUGGGUCCGGAUCACGGUGUGCUUGGAGCCACCUUUAAGGCCACUCGAGCCCUACAGAUGGCUUCCAUGAUCGCCAUCAUCGGAAUUACUGCCAAUUUCAUCUCUGAGAUGGUCAGCGCUGGUGCAACUCCACCACCGGUUAUCGUCGCAAUUUUGAGCAUUGUUUGCAUAGCUGUGUUGUACUGUGCCAUCACGGUCAUUCUAUAUUUCGACAGCAUUCUCCCAUUUCUGAUCAGCACGGCAAUCGACUCUCUUUUCUUGAUAGCCCUGAUAGUUGUCUCGGUGGUAGUGGGCAAGCCGCUUUCCUACCUCAAUUGCCAAGUGCUUGAUGAGAUCUCCAACGCCACAUCAAGUGCCUUCGACUUCACCUCGGCGUUGGGUAACAGUCUCAAUAAGGGCGGUGCGGUCAAUUAUGCGCAAUGGAUCGGCACCUCCAAAGCCACUUGUCUCGAAAUGAAGUCCAUCUGGGGUCUCAGUAUUGCUCUUUGCAUUCUCUUCACGUUCUCGGCCAUUAGCACUGUUUGUCUCUGGAAGAGAACCAAGGUACCCGCUGCCGACAAGACUGAAGCUUGA